AUGAAGGCAUUUUCCCCGAAAUUGGUGACGUUUCUAUUCGAAAACAAAUGCAACGACGUCGUAUCUGGUCGACUUUCCCCGUUCGUUUUCAGACCCGAAUCUUUGGACCAAUUGCCGUCGGUAGCCCUGGGCAGGAUCUUCGGAUUUCUGCCUCAACCGGACCUCCUUUCCUGUGCCCGGGCGUCUCCGACCUUGGCCCAAGUGGCAGUUUCGAAGGGAUUUUGGCGCGAAAUUGACGCGUCCCGAUUCGAACCAAGUGCCCUGAAAACGAUCGUCAACGGGAUCCUGCCGAAAGUCGGACGAGGCGUGAAGAGAUUGGCGUUUCGGGAAUGCGAGGACUUGCAUUCCGGACUGUUUGCAGCCGUCCUGGCGGCUGCACCGAAUGUGGAAGAAGUGGACUUUUCUUUCUCUCCCGUGGGGGACGAGUGUUUCGAGAAAUUGCCCGGAGGCAGUUUGUGCAAGUUACGAGUUCUCCAGUUGACUGGAUGUCGAGGGUUGACCGACUACGGGCUGAGACUCCUUGCGCAUCACUGGAACUUUAAAAACAGAGCCUUCAGGAAGCUGCAAGCAACGGAUGAAGGAGGGUUACGGGAGCUGAGUCUGUCGGGUUGCGACCGGGUUUCAACGCUGGACGAUUUGGCAGCCGCCAAAUUCGCUGUUCGGUGCCUGGAGUACUUGGACCUUAGCGGAUGUUACGCGCUGAGUGGGGACUCGAUUGACAGGUUCGUGAAGCAUUGCGUCAUGCUGCGGCCGGAAAACUUGUUCUACUGCGACGGAAUCAGUGACGGACCUUAUGCCGACGAGGCGAAUGGCUGCGCGAAUUUGGACGACGAGAAGCGAUUUUGCUGCUUGUCGCGAACCGCUGAGGAAUUUUAAAAAGUGGAUUUACACUACAGUAUUUCUUUGUGCGUUUUUGAAAUUGGGUGAGAUGGGGGC